AUGCCCAACACCGAUACCGCUGCCGCCGGGCUUCCGGCUGGCUUCUCUAUCCCUCACCGCGAGCCGAGGCAACAAUCCGUCGAGCGGGUGACGGAUCACCUCGAGACCCCCUCCCUCGACGAUCGUACCUACCGUGUCGUAAGGUUGUCCAACAAGCUCGAGGCCCUGCUGGUACACGACCCGGAGACGGACAAGGCCAGCGCUGCCCUAGACUGCAAUGUCGGAAACUUCAGCGACGAGGAGGAGAUGCCAGGAAUGGCCCACGCCGUCGAACAUCUGCUGUUCAUGGGUACCAAGAAGUUCCCCAUAGAAAACGAAUACUCACAGUACCUCUCCAACAACUCGGGUAGCUCCAACGCUUACACUGGCGCAACCUCGACCAACUACUUCUUCGACGUCUCCGCAAAGCCUGCCAACGAUCAAGAGCCAACAGCCGAGAACCCCUCACCUUUCAAGGGAGCACUCGAUCGCUUUGCCCAGUUCUUCAUUGAGCCCCUGUUCCUCGAGUCGACCCUCGAUCGUGAGCUGCGCGCGGUGGAUUCGGAAAACAAGAAGAACCUGCAGAAUGACCAAUGGCGACUCCACCAGUUGGAGAAGUCUCUUUCCAACCCGAAGCACCCGUUUUGCCACUUCUCAACCGGCAAUCUCGAGGUUCUCAAGGAAGAUCCAGAGUCCAAGGGUGUCAAUGUCCGCGCAAAGUUUAUGGAGUUUCAUGACAAGCACUACUCGGCAAACCGCAUGAAGUUGGUCGUUCUGGGCAGAGAGCCUUUGGAUGUUCUCGAGACAUGGGUUGCCGAGUUCUUCUCCGGAGUUCCCAACAAGGAUCUGGCGCCCAAUAGGUGGGAGGCUGAGGUGCCCUUCCGCGAGAGUGAGCUCGGUAUGCAAGUCUUUGCCAAGCCCGUCAUGGACUCUCGCGAGCUGAACCUCUUCUUCCCAUUCCUCGACGAGGAGAAGAUGUACGAGUCGCAGCCCAGUCGCUAUGUGAGCCACCUGAUCGGUCACGAGGGCCCUGGUAGUAUCAUGGCCUACGUCAAGGAAAAGGGCUGGGCCAAUGGAUUGAGUGCCGGUGCUUACCCCGUCUGCCCGGGCUCUCCUGGUAUUUUCGACUGUCAGAUUCGCCUGACAGAGGAGGGCCUCAAAAACUACAAGGAGAUUGUCAUGGUCUUCUUCCAAUAUGUUGCGCUUCUUCAGGAGUCGCCACCCCAGGAAUGGAUCUUUGACGAGCAGAAGGGCAUGGCAGAUGUCGAUUUCAAAUUCAAACAAAAGACUCCGGCAAGCCGAUUUACGAGCAAGAUCAGCUCUGUCAUGCAGAAGCCUCUCCCGCGGGAAUGGCUACUCAGCGGAUACAGUCGGUUGAGGAAGUUCGAUUCCGGGUUGAUCGAAAAGGGCUUGGCGUGCUUGAGACCAGACAACUUCCGUAUGACUAUUGUGUCACAAAAGUUCCCCGGUGACUGGAAUCAGAAGGAGAAGUGGUACGGUACCGAAUACCGCCACGAAAAGAUUCCCGAGGACUUCAUGGCCGAGAUCAAGAAGGCCGUCUCAAGCCCUGUGUCGGAGAGACUCGCCGAGCUUCACCUUCCUCACAAGAACAACUUCAUCCCCACGAAGCUCGAGGUCGAGAAGAAGGAGGUCAAAGAGCCGGCUCUGUCGCCGCGUGUCGUCCGAAGUGACGGCCUCGCUCGGACGUGGUUCAAGAAGGAUGACACCUUUUGGGUCCCCAAGGCCAACCUGGUCAUCAGCUGCCGGAACCCUAAUAUCUACUCGACCGCGGAAAAUGCUGUCAAGGCAAGAUUCUUCACCGAUCUGGUUCGCGAUGCGUUGGAGGCGUACUCGUACGAUGCCGAGCUUGCAGGCCUGCAGUACAGUGUCUCGCUCGACGCCAGAGGUUUGUUCCUUGACCUUAGCGGGUACAAUGACAAGCUGGCGGUGCUCCUGGAGCAGGUUUUGAUCACGAUCAGGGAUCUGAAGAUCAGGGACGAGAGAUUCGACAUUAUCAAGGAGCGCCUGAAUCGUGGAUACAACAACUGGGAGCUUCAGCAACCGUUCAGCCAGGUCUCCGACUACACGACGUGGUUGAACUCUGAGCGCGACUACGUUGUGGAGGAAUACCUGGCCGAGCUGCCUAAUAUUACCGCCGAAGACGUCCGGCAGUUCAAGAAGCAGAUGCUUUCGCAGGUUCACAUUGAGUCUUAUGUGCACGGAAACCUUUACAAGGAGGACGCUCUCAAGCUUACAGACAUGAUCGAAACCGUCUUGAAGCCCCGCGUUCUCCCGCGACCCCAAUGGCCAGUGAUUCGCUCCCUGGUCAUCCCCCCUGGAUCGAACUACGUAUACAAGAAGACCCUCAAGGAUCCGGCCAACGUCAACCACUGUAUCGAAGUUUGGCUCUAUGUCGGUGACAAGGGCGAUAGAAUGGUACGAGCCAAGACGAUGCUCCUAGACCAGAUGGCUCACGAGCCAGCCUUCGACCAGCUUCGAACCAAGGAGCAGCUCGGUUAUGUUGUCUUUAGUGGAGUCAGAAGCUUCUCCACCACUUACGGCUUCAGGUUUAUCAUCCAAAGUGAACGGACACCCGAGUACCUUGAAUCGAGAAUCGAGGCAUUCCUCAACCUGUUCUCCAACACGUUGGACAACAUGUCUGAAGCAGACUUUGAGGGUCACAAGCGCAGUCUGAUUGUCCGGAGGCUCGAGAAGUUGAAGAAUCUGGACCAGGAGAGCAGCAGACACUGGGCCCAGAUUGCCAGUGAAUACUACGACUUUGAGCUCCCUCAAGAAGACGCUGCGCACAUCAAGACGCUCACCAAGGCCGAUAUGUUGGAGUUCUUCCAGACGUACAUUAAGCCCGGCUCUGCAACGCGGGCGAAGCUCUCGGUGCACUUGCGCGCACAGGCUACGGCACCGGCCAAGGAGGGCGCCGAGGCCAAGGUCAACGGCGUCAGCAAAGAAGACGAGUCUCUGCCGACAAGUGAUUCCCCGCCGGUCGUUAUCGAAGAUGUCCGCAGCUUCCGUGCCAGCCUUGUUGCGACUAGCGGAGCGCGGCCUGCCAAGGAUUUGACCGAGUACGAAGACACUGAUGCCAAGCUAUGA